CAAGACGUCAGUUUUGCUUUCAGCUUUGAGUCAUUGGGACGUGUAUCGGGCUGCAUAACAAUUGUUAAAUUACUGUUUAUUUCGUUUCAAAUCAUAAACAAUAUGUUGAGAAUGCAAAAUAUGUUUAUGCUACUGUUGGCUUCAAACAUGUUGCUCGCAGUUCACGCUUCUGGGAAUAAAAAACAGCAGCAACAAAAUCAAGAAAUUUGGGAGCAAGAUUUAUCAGACACCUUUAAGAUUGAAGGCAGCGAUCAAGGCAUUCAAAAGGUUAAUUUGAAAUGCGGCGCCAAUUCGAUGAAUGUGAUGCUGGAAACUGAAAAACCAUUUACUGGUGUCAUGUACACUCGAGGUAGCUUCUAUAAGCAAACGGCGCCGUGUUUCAUGAAACCUACAGCAAAUCAAGGAACGCGCACACUGGAGAUGAAUUUUCAAUUGGAUCAAUGUCAGACCUUGAAGGAUGGUGAACUCUAUACAAACAUCGUUGUCAUUCAGAACGAUCCAGAACUUAUUACGCCAGGAGACUCGGCUUUCUCUCUGGAAUGUGAUUUCCGUCAGCCACGCAGUCUGGAUGUGGAAGCCAGUAUGUUGGCUAGAGACAGAGUGGCGACAAAAUCCAAAAUAACACUCACAAGCCCCGAUCCUGCUGCACCAAUGGACAAUCUACACAACUCGGUAUUUAGCAACAGUGAUACAGUAGAGUACAUACCAAAGCUAAUCAAACCAAAUGAAACUAUAAGACUGGGAACAGUUGAGGAGGUGACCCUUCCGUUGCUUCAUGAAAGAGACGAACUUUAAUUUUAAACACAUCUAUAAGAAAAUAUUUAAAAAUACAAAAUUACUCUUACAUCACACGUAAACAAUAUUACAGUUUCUAUUAUUCUACCUUCUUAGGAGAAACGUAUGGAAUUCAGCAAAGGCGGAUUAAUUGCAAACGACACUAACAGAUACGAUUUCAAUUUAAUCUUUUUUUCUAUAUCCUGUGAUAUUUUUUAAGUUUGAUUUUAAUAAAAACGAAAAUGAUGGACAACC